AUGUCUGUGCUAUUUAAAAAAUUUAAACAUCCAAUCAAUUCUUUAUGCGUUUCAACAAAUUUACCACAAAGUUCAAAGAAAACUACAGCAUCAUCAUCAAGUACAUCAUCAUCGACAUCAUCAUCGUCAUCAUCAUCAUCGUCAUCAUCUUCUUCUUCAGCAAAAGAACCUGAUCGAGCUGAAUCUGAAGCACGUUUAGUUCAAAUAAAUGAUGUUAAUCGAUAUUCAAUUCAACCACAAAGUCAUUUACUUGGUAAAUGGCAUUCUGAUGAAUGGUUAAAAUAUGAAAGCAGUUUUAUAUUUAAUUUUACAAGAGUUCAACAUAUUGAAGCAGAAUGCCAGGAUGAUUAUAUGAAAAUUCGUGUAAACUUUAAUGGUUCAUUUACUGGGCUCUUAUAUUCUACCGGAUAUGCAUAUGAUCCUGAUUGUGUUUAUGUUAAUGGAUCUGGUAAAGAAUAUUAUGAAUUUUAUAUACAAUUGAAUCGUUGUGGAACUUUGGGUCAAAAUGCUUUAAAUCAGAAUAAUAUUAAAAAUCCAACAAAUUUCAUGUGGAAUACAAUUACAGUACAAUAUAAUCCUUUAAUUGAAGAAGAUUAUGAUGAACAUUUUAAAGUAACAUGCGAAUAUGGAUAUGAUUUUUGGAAAACUGUUACAUUUCCAUUUAUUGAUGUUGAAGUUGCAACUGGAAAUCCAGUCGUUUUUACAUUAAGUCCACCAGAAUGUUAUAUGGAAGUUAAAAAUGGUUAUGAUGUAAAUGGACCAAGAGUUAUUGGACCAGUUCGUGUCGGUGAUCCAUUAACUUUAGUUAUCUAUAUGAGAAGCAAAUAUGAUGGUUUUGAUAUGAUUGUAAGUGAUUGUUAUGCUCAUAAUGGUGCACAAAAACGAAUACAAUUAAUAAGUGAAGAUGGUUGUCCAGUUGAUGAUAAAUUAAUAUCAAGAUUUCGCGGUACAUGGACUGAUUCUGGUUUUUAUGAGACACAAAUAUAUGCAUAUAUGAAAACAUUCCGUUUUACUGGAUCACCAGCUUUAUAUAUUGAAUGUGAUGUGAGAAUGUGUCAUGGCAGAUGUCCUGGUCAAACAUGCCAUUGGAGAAAUUUAAAACAAUUAUCAAAAAGAGAUCUUGAAAAUCAAUAUAUGACUGAUGAUAAUAAAUUACUUUCAAAUGAAAAACCACAGCUGGAAGGUGUUAAUUUAUUUCAAUCAUUAAGAGUUUUAGAGGAAGAUGAUUCAUCAUCAAUAAGUAAAUUACCAAGAUAUCAUGGAUCAGAUUUACAUCAUUCAGAAACUUGUUUAGAAUUAUCAGUAUUUUCAGCUUUAUGUACAUUAUUUUUAAUAUUUAUAAGUUUAUUGGCAAUAACUUUACUAAUUACUUAUAUGAAAUUAAGAGAACAUUAUGCUAUUGAUUCAGCAACACAAGGACCAAAUCCACAGGAUAUUGCUACACCAGAACCAGAAUAUAUUGAUAUUGAUUUACCACCACCACCUGCACCACAAAUUCAUCCAUCACCAUAUAAUUAUCAACCACCAGUUAUUAAUAAUCAUAUUGAACCAGUACCAGCACAUAGUCUAACAAAUGAUGGUUAUCAAUAUAAAGCAAUAACACGUAUUCGGUAUCGUUACAGAAUUUAA